AUGGCUAAACCAUCAGAAGCGAAACAGCCUAGCGGCGAUGAUGAAAGCAAAACUACUGCUCAUGCAUUGAGCCAAGCUGAUGUCCAGAUCAAAUGCCAAAUUACCAAAACCGUCCAUUCGAAGCCCAAAACACAAGCAGGCUCUAUCAAUGGUGCAACAACGCCCUUGACGAAUGAUGGAUGUUCUGACUCACUUUCUAACGGCGAUUCAUCGCACAAUGACUUAGGAAGAGAUGAAAUCGUGAUAGAGGAUAGGACAAAGGACUCAGUGCGACAGGUAGGCAACCACGACGUGGUCAGAGAGACGGAGAAACACUCAAAGUUGCUCUCCAGAUCCGGCCCAGCCGGGGAGCUUGACGUGGUUCCCGAAAAGUCGAACCAAGAAACGGACGGCAAAAAUUUCCAACAUGACGAAGAACCAGAUAAAAUUCUGUCGGAAAAUAGCCCAUUAUUUCCCUCAUUGCCACUCUAUGGUCCUCCAUCGCUCAAAAGCCGCUUUCGGUGUAUACUUUUUAGACUCUCUGCCUUUGUUUUGAGCCUCUCAUUUCUCGUUUUCAUUGUGAUAGCCUCGCUUAUAACGAGCGUUCCGAGGGUCACCAAAAAGUUGUUUUACAAGUUGACGCUGCGAGAUAUUAAGAGGCAACGACCCUUUUAUGAAGAGGAAUGCCGUAGGGCAGACAUUCGAAGGCAGAAGAGAAAGGCAUGGGAGCACCGCACCUCGGCGGAAAAAAUUGGCGGUGACCAAGAAGGGACUGCCGAUGAAUAUCCUCCAACGGAGGGGGGCCGCGAUAAGAUCGUGUGCGACGUUGGAUACUAUGCGAGGCGAGUUGGACUUGAUGUUGACAUGUUCCAAGUUCGCACGGACGAUGGCUUUCUGAUCGACCUCUGGCAUGUGUACGACCCUAGGGAGUACACCACAUCCAGGGCCAAUGCGGCCUCGAAUACUAGCGGCCCGCGGAAAACCUUCAAGUCCAACGAGAAGAAACCAAAGUUUCCAGUUCUCUUAAUGCACGGUCUAUUGCAAAGCUCUGGAGCUUAUUGCAGCAACGAUGAUGACUCACUGGCAUUCUGGCUCUGCAAAUCUGGAUUUGAUGUCUGGCUGGGCAACAAUCGGUGCGGAUUUAGCCCUGCCCAUGAAUCAUUCGUUCAAACUGAUCCACGAAUGUGGUGUUGGAACAUUCGAGAGAUGGGCGUCUUCGACUUGCCAGCACUAACAUCACGCGUCCUCCAAGAGACUGGAUUUGACAAGAUCGGGCUUAUAUGCCACUCACAGGGGACCGCUGAGACAUUGAUUGCUCUAUCAAAGGAUCAGCGUCCAGAAUUUGGAGAGAAAUUGACAGUAUUCUGUGGUCUAGCCCCAGCAGCCUAUGCCGGACCGCUCAUAGGGAAGUUUUACUUCAAAUUUAUGCGCAAUAUUUCGCCAUUUCUAUUCCAGAUGAUGUUUGGAAUACACGCUUUCAUACCGUUCAUGAUGCAAAUGCACUCAAUAUUACACCCCAAGGUAUAUGGCUGGCUGGGAUAUAAGGUCUUUUCUUUUCUUUUCGACUGGUCUGACGCAAGGUGGGAUAGGGGGCUGAGAAACCGCCUCUUCCAAUUCGCUCCGGUAUAUGUCAGUGCAGAAACAAUGCGGUGGUGGCUCGGCCAGGACGGUUUCGCUAAACACAAAUGCAUCUUGUCCACGAAGGAGGUCGUUAAAUGGGAGGAGCGAGAGGAUGGACAUGCUGUUGAGACCACUAUAGAAGAGUCCUUUGAACGCAGCACCAUGACUACAAACCAGGGCGAACCGGGCAAUAUUCCGCAAAAUGGCUAUUUGCCAACAAGCGGUCCAUGGUACAACGAACGAGUUCCACCCUUCGCUUUGUGGGUUUGUGGAAAUGACCAGCUCGUGGAUGGCGAGCGACUGUUGAAACGGUUCACGAAAGGACGAGAGCCACAUGUGAAAAUGGUGCACAGCAAGGUGAUCAAAGACUACGAGCAUUUGGAUGUGAUCUGGGCCAUCGAUGCCGUCGAACAAGUCUUUAUUGAGAUUCGCGAAGUCCUCUGGCAAACGUGUAAUGCCAGAGAUCGAUAUCGAGUUCCGGAGGGGUGUGAAGCAGUAGCUACAUGGUCCCCUGAAUUGGAUUCACUCACGAGUGGCUCAUGA